CGUGCCUGUCGUUCGUUCGUGACGGAACGAUACCGAAAACGAUAUCGCUGCAGCAGAAAAUUGCUAAAAAUUGCUAGAAAAUCGCAACGGUAAAUCAUAAAACUAUUGAAAAACUAUAAUUAAAGUGGUAGAGUGUUACUUGAUCAUAAUUUCAGUGCGAAAAUCUUUAAUACAUAGUUCUAAGUGGAACAAUUGCAUCUAAAACGAAUCGUAAAAAGUGUUUAAAUAUAUAACAGAACAAAGUGAAAUAUUAAUAUUCACGCUUAUACGCAUAGUGUAGUGAACAUCUGAAAAAAAACGGUGGAAAAUGAAUAAUGAUGAUAAAAGUAAUGACUUAAGUGUGUGUUCUGCUGCUAUAACAACUACAACGUCGGCACCAACGUCAGUGUCUAAUAUAAAAAAUACAACAACACCCGCAUCGGCAUCAGCAGUUACAGUGGCUUCAACCAUUAAAGCUCAAAAAACUACUGCAAUCAAAUUGAAGCAGUCAGCAAAUCUGCAAUCAAUAAAGAAAGCAGCUAACGUUAACAACAACAACAACAAAAGCAAUAACAAUAGUCUAAAAUUAGCAGCGGUAGCAGCAGCCGCAAGCAACAUCUCCUUAAAGAAGUUAUCAAGGAAUGCAACACAUCAAGGUGGAGGAAGCAAAAAAGUCUUGACCGCCAACAACACCAACACUGACAGUUGUAGCGAAAGCAUAACUGCAGUUGUCACCGAAGCAGGCAGCAAAAAAACUAACAACAAUAAUAACAGUAAAAUUAAUAAAACCAAAUCAAUUAUAAGCAACAAUAAUAAUUUUUCUGCUUCCGCAGUUCCCGCAGCCGGCGCUGUUAAUGGUAAUAGCAGUACCAACAGCAAUAUAAACAACAACAGUAAAAUGUCUAAAAUUGCAGCCGCCAAAGUUGCCGCCUCCAGUGCCAAUACCAAUGCGACCGCCAUUGCGGCCGAUUGUGUCAGCGGUACAACAACUGAUCCAGCGUCAACAAUCACAAGUACGGGUGUUGGUACUGAUUGCGGCCCUGCAUCUAAUAAUAACACCGUCACCUCUACUCCGUCAUCUAUUCCUGCAAUAGUUUCGAACGCACCUGCCAAUACAACUACGUCCUUUAAUCCAGCCGGUGGCAGUAGCAACGGUAAAGCUUUGGGAACCACAAAUAAAAAAUCCGCAAACAAUGCUUCAAACGUUGCUGUUUCCACAACUGCAUCGGCAAAGGCAAAAAUUUACCAACUAAAAACAAAUCCCCUAUCAUUACUAGUGAACUCAUCGCAGAAUACCACAGCGCCCACAAAAAAUAAUGGUAGCAAUGGCGGCAAUGGAAGUACCAGCAAUAACAAUACUGGAACAUCUUCGCGUGUUGGAGCAGUAGCUGCUAUUAAGCAAAAACUGAAAGCAUCAGCCGCUGAUGCUGCUGCAGCUGUUGGUAUACCCACCGUCAUAGCUGGAAAUUCUCGUUCCGCCUCAUCAUCAACAUCGUCCAAUUUAUCGCUGGCCUCAUCUGACACUCGUCAUAAGCGACCCAGCGAAAAUUCGGAUACAGAUACGGAACUAUCCCGCCAACCACCAGAUCUAUCCGAAUCUGACGAAGAGUCAGUUUCAGAAUCGAUCCUUUUGGCAUGCUUGUGUCUAAGGCCAGAUCUUCUGGACGACAUCCCAGAAUCUGAUGCAGAUAGUUGUGGUCAUGAAGAGGAUAACGAAUCUGAGGAAGACAACGAGGAUGAAGAUGAUGAUGAGGAAGAGGGUGAAGAGGAUGAAGAAGAAGACGAGGAUCCGCCAAAUGAAGUGAGUGGCAAUUUCUCGGUUGGCUCCGAAGAGGAAGAGGAGGAUGAAGACGAAGAAAUUCAGGAUCCGAAUGAAGCGACUGGCGAUUUUUUGCUGGAGGGUAGUAAUUGCGCACACUAUGAAGGUGAGAAGCCACCAGUGUUACGUCAUGCUACCCACGCCAUCGAUGAGACUAAACAGGCUUUGACAAAAAUGCGUAGCGGCAAUACACCACGAGAAAAAACAAUUUUCUCUCAAACCCUCAUUGCCGCCUGCACCGACAACGACGUUCCGACUGUACGCCGAUUGCUAAGCAAAAAUACUGUGAGCAUCAGCGAAUCAACUGACGACGGCGAGUCCUUACUGUCGAUGGCCUGCUCAGCUGGCUAUUACGAGCUGGCGCAGGUGCUACUCGCCAUGCAGGCAGCUCAAGUGGAGGACAAGGGCCAAAAGGAUUGUACACCUUUAAUGGAGGCAGCUUCUGCUGGUCAUGUAGAAAUCGUCAAACUACUGAUUAGUCACAAUGCUGAUGUUAAUGCCCAUUGUGCCACUGGAAAUACACCUUUAAUGUUCGCUUGUGCCGGCGGUCAUGUGGAAGUAGUAAAGGAGCUACUAAAGCAUGGUGCGAAUGUAGAGGAACAGAACGAGAAUGGACAUACACCGCUAAUGGAAGCAGCAUCAGCUGGUCAUGUCGAAGUGGCUAAGGUACUUUUGGAUCAUGGUGCUGGUAUUAAUACACACUCGAACGAAUUCAAAGAGAGCGCACUAACACUGGCUUGCUAUAAGGGUCAUCUUAAUAUGGUGCGUUUUCUAUUACAAGCCGGCGCCGAUCAAGAACACAAGACCGACGAAAUGCACACCGCUCUUAUGGAAGCAUCAAUGGAUGGUCAUGUCGAAGUAGCGCGUCUGCUUUUGGAUUCGGGAGCCCAAGUGAAUAUGCCAACCGACUCGUUUGAGUCGCCACUUACUUUAGCUGCUUGUGGUGGCCAUGUCGAACUCGCCACUUUACUAAUCGAACGUGGCGCUAAUAUUGAAGAGGUAAACGACGAAGGCUAUACACCACUAAUGGAGGCUGCUCGUGAAGGUCACGAAGAUAUGGUUGCACUGCUCCUAAGCAAAGGCGCAGAGAUCAAUGCAACCACAGAGGAGACGCAAGAGACCGCACUUACCCUCGCUUGUUGUGGAGGCUUCAGUGAGGUUGUCGAAUUUUUGAUUAAAGAAGGCGCCAACAUUGAACUGGGUGCCUCCACACCGUUAAUGGAGGCUGCGCAAGAGGGUCACACAGAUUUGGUACGCUACCUCCUGCAGAAUAAGGCUAAUGUCCAUGCCGUCACACAGACCGGCGACACGGCACUAACACAUGCCUGCGAAAAUGGACACACAGACGCCGCAGAGGUACUACUAAGCUAUGGCGCCGAAUUGGAACACGAAUCCGAAGGCGGGCGUACACCACUGAUGAAGGCCAGUCGUGCCGGUCACCUAUGUACAGUGAAAUACCUUAUACAAAAAGGCGCCGAUGUUAACAAGCCGAGCAGCAGCAACGACCACACACCACUUUCGUUAGCAUGUGCUGGCGGGCAUCAGGCCGUAGUCGAGUUAUUGCUGAAGAGUGGCGCUGAUCCCUUUCAUAAGUUAAAAGACAACAGCACCAUGUUGAUUGAGGCCGCUAAAGGGGGUCACACGCGCUGUGUGGAAUUACUUUUCAAAUACCCGUUGUUCGUGCAAAACCAUCAGAACGAACUGCAAUCGGCAGCAGCAGCUGCAGCCGCCGCGGCAAAUGCUGCCACUGCUGCCGGUCCAGUGAAUAUCAAUAACACUUUACGCUUCGUAAAUCCGCAACAACACAAACAAUUGCAACAACAGUUGCAGCAGUUGAGUGCACCGCCUGGUUUGCAGGUGUCCGAAGCGAUGCGUGUUUCGAACCAACAACAGCAAUUCCAUCAGCAACAAUUCAGCGCCAAUACAAUGACCACUACCAACGGCACGAACAACAGCAAUGUUGUCACAGCUGUCGCCUACACCGAAGAACAUUUGCCAUUGACUUCGGCCGCCGACGCGAAUAGUGAGGAGUUCGCUGCCAUCGACAUCAACUCGUUAAGCGCACAGCAGCAGGAGGCUUUAAUUGCCAAGUCGCGCCUGUUCCACUUGCAAACUGGUUUCGAACAGGGCCUAACUUUGGGUCGUGAGCAACUCUCACAACCACAACAGCAGCAGCAGCAGCAACAACAACAACAACAGCAACCACCUCUACCCGGUCACAAUAACAAUGCACAGCGUAAACAUUUCGAAUUGGAUAUGACGCACAUAAAUGCUUUGACACCACCACAAAAAGCACCACCCGCGCCACCAGUGGGUGGUGUUGUCACACAACAACAAACGCACCAACAACCACAAUUCCAAUUGCAACCACAGUUGCAGCAGCAUUCAAUGCAGCCCACAAUGAAGUCGAAGAGUAGCAAUGCAUCGCGGAAGAAUCGUCAGGCGCCAGCGCCUUUCGAGCUUAAUCUACCGACGAACAAUUUGGCUAAUAUCGCACUUGAACAGCAGCAACAUCAACAGCAGUUGGAGCAAAUGCAACAGCAGGAACAACAACAACCGGACGAGGUGCGCUCACAACCACUUGGUGAUGACGGCAGUGGUGGUGGAUCUAUGGUAGCUGUUACAGGUGAAGUCGAUGGACAACAACAACAAAAUCGUUGCUUUAUGCGUCGUUGCUUCUUCAAACCCGAAUUCCACAAGCUUGGUGUUGACAACAAGUCGGUUGUAACGGCAAAUGCAUUACCACCUGUUAAUUACAUGGACUUGACUGGAGUUGAGGGCGUUGAGGCCAUUGCUAGUAAUGCCGUUUCCGGUGUUACUUCUCUGGGCGAUAAUGAAAUGACUUCGAUUUUCCUAACUGGCAAUGCAGGUAAUGGCGGCCAAUCACAACAGAUGCUUAAUAUGCCAUCGGAUAAUAUGAUGAUUGAGCUAUUGGAUGCAAGCGCUGUUGCCGAUCACCACCAACACCAACAACAACAACAGCAGCAGCAGCAGCAGGAUCCAACUAAAACUAUGCUGAACACACAGCAAUACAAAAAUAGUGGUCUAGCUGUUGCCGCUUUGGAGGCUAUGUCAGCAGUAAAUAGUCUACAAAAUAAUCGCAAUUUUAACAAUAAAAAUAACAACAACAACAAUACCAAUAAUAAUUUGAAUCAAAAGAGCACCCAAAUCACAACACCAUCGGAAGUGUCACAGAGCACAGCAAUUAGUGACCGACCCAAAGCCAAACCGGUAUCGAAAAAGGAUAACAAAUUCCGUAAAACUGUAUUUCCCCAAUCGCCUGUACUGCAACAAAAUCAGAUGGUAUCGAUUUACAAUAAAUUGCCGUUACUUCUAACUAAUGAAAUCAAACCGAGUCUGCAGACAAAGCAGGUUAUCAUGACGCAAAUGGCAUUUGCAGCACAACAGCAACAACAACAGCAGCAACAAUUGCAUCAACAACAGCAACAACUUUCAGGCGGAUUAGAUUUGGCUAGUGGCGAUAACUCGAUGGCAUUGAAUAACUCGCCGGCGUCUCCCUUGGCCUCUCCUUCCAAUGCAGCAGUGGCAGCAGCCUCGUUUAUGCAAGAACAACUACACCUUCCAGCUAUCGGCGACGAUGAACACCACCAACAUCAACAGCAACAACAGCAGCAGCAGCAGCAUGAGGUUACCUCCACUAUAUUGCAAGCUUUCCAAGCAAUGCAAUCACGUAAUGUGGGCGAUGACGCUGCGUCAGCCGCCUUGGCAACCGUCUGCGGCAUGAGCGUCGCUGAACAGCAAGAGUAUUUGAAGGAGCGUUACCAGUUGUGCGAUAUGCCACGUUUCUUCGAUGACCAACCCAAGUCACCAACCGAAACACCACCACCACCACUGCCAGAUAACAAGCAGCAGCAGCAGCAACAUCAGGAACUCUACAGCGAAGAUGGUAUUGCUAUCUUGGAGGAAGAAGUGGAAUUGGAUGUUGAGCCGGAUGGCGAGAGCGUUGCCGAAAUGAAAAAUCUGGCAACAUUGGUCACAGCCGCAGCAGCUGCCGCACCCAAUAUGCUACUCGAGCAUGUUGGCAUAUCUGGUGGUGAUGCAAGCAAUUGUGAUGAAAAUGCAUUGCACAUGGAUGAAUAUGGUGAAGCUGAAGAGGAUGAAGACGCAACUGUUGAAGCCGAUCAGCACGCUGCAGCGCAUGAUAUGUUGGAUAAUCAGGCAUACGAUGAAGGCGGCGAAGCUGAUGGCGAAGAAGAGGGCGAUGGUGAUGUCGACGGUGAUGAUAUUGAAGAAGUGCUCGAAGAUGACGAAGAAGAUGGUGAAGAUGAAGAGCUAGAUGGAGAUGUAGAUGGCAACUGUGAAGAGGAUAUUGAUUUGAGGGCUAUGCGAUUGCACGAUGAUGAGGGUAUAGAGAUAAGGAAGCAUGCCAUUGGUGGCGAAGAAGACGAUGAAGAUGAGGAGGAGGAUGAAGAAGACGAUGAGGAUGAGGAGGAUGACGAUGAUAUGGCAUUGAGCAAUGCGAAACGUGCUAAGAGUGCACACCGCCAACCGCAAGCGCUUGAGAAUUUGAUACUUUCGAAUGUCACCUACAAAAGCGACGAAUUGUCUCAGGCACUUUGUGAUUUCCGUCAAGACUUUCCAACCGAUUUGGUACACCAAGUCUUUCCGCCAAUGGCUAAUUUCAAAACCGCAUCGGGUAGCACAGCGUUCAGCACUUUGCAGCAAUGCACAGCAGCCGCAGCCGCCGCCGCAGCAGCAGAUGUUGCAAAUGCCGCCGCUGCAGCUGCUGAUAUUGCCAAUGCUGUUAAGAUGGUCGGUCAUGACGUCGAUAGUGCCACAGCUGCUGGCGUCAUUACUGCUACUGGCAUGUAUCCAGCUUUGGAGAGCUUUGACCAAUUCCCUGGCGAUAUUCCCGGCGAUAUGGAUGAUAUAUUGCAAAUAUUCCAAAAUGAUCCUUCGUUACAGGAGCUGCAUAAUUGUGCCGAACUGGGCGACCUGAAUUCAAUAUGCAAGAAUCGCUUUAGCAGCAACUGGAUGCCGACGCCGAAGUGGACCAGCCAGGAUCACUUGAUGGCGACGCAUCAGCAAGCGCUGCUCUCGGCCGAAGACCAACAGCAGCAGCAACAACGUCAGGCAACUAAUCAAAUGCUUCUCGAAUAUCAGCAAGAGCUUCAAAUGGGGGAGCAAAUGCAGCAUCAUCAACACCACCAGACUUUCUCGUUUUUGCCGCUUCCGUCGGAUGAUGCCGCCGUAGCUGCCGCAGCUGCGCAACAUCAACAAAUGCAACAGACACUGCCACAUCAAGGUGAUUUUCUGCUACAACAGCCGCAUCAACAAUUACAACAACACCAGCAACUCAUACUGCAAGAGGAUGAGGAAGAAUUGAAGCAGCGCCAGUUGCAUAUGAUCCAGCAAUUGCAGCAGGACCGAUCGAGUGAUCGAUUGCGCAAAGCAUUGGCGGCCUGUGCGGCCAAUCAGCUACAGCAGCAACAGCAACAGCAGCCGCAACAGAAACAACAGCAACAACAACAACUCCAACAGCAGCAAACCGCAGCAAAUUACGUCUUCAAUGUGGAAGGUAGUGACAAAUCGGCACAAUCGUUGCAGUUGCUCUUCCAGCUGCCACCAUCUGUGCAGCAGCAGCAGCAGCAGCAGCAACAGCAGCAUCAACACCAGCAGCAGCAGGAUGUGCACGAUGCGGCGCAACAGUUGCAGCAUUUGCAGUUGCAAGAAUUGCCAGAUAAUCAAAAGCAACAACUAAUGCAUGAGUUCUCGCAGCAGGCGGAAAGCCUCAUGCAGCAACAACAACAGCAGCAGCAACAGCAACCUACAACGCUCGAUCAGGUGGCGCAAAGUAAUCUUCUGUUGCAGCAACAUGCUUUGCAUCAGCAAGUUCUCAAACAGAAACAACACCAUCUGCAACAACAGCAGUUAUUAUUGCAGCAACAACAACAACAGUUGCAGCAACGGCAACAGCAACAACAACAGCAGCAGCAGCAGCAACAACAGGUACAAGUUGCUACACAAACGCAACCCCCCGUUGUUGCACCCUUCAGCAAUGCUGCGCCGGUUGCUCCACGCGGAUGUGCACAAUUCCAUGCGACUAUCUCACCACUAACGACUGAUGUUGGACUUGGCGUUUGCACAUUGUCAACGCAACAACAAGAAAUGGCGGCAGCUGUCGCAGCAGCAGCAGCACAACAACUGCCCGCACCACCAAUAAUGACAUCAACGAAACUCUCGGGCGGCAUUGCAAAGAAAGCGAUCGACAAGCAGUCACGUAAGGAGCGUAAUCGUUAUGCAGCGUUGCGUCAAACACCCGCAGGCAGUCAAGCCAAUACCACGAAUCAACAACAAUACCAACAAACCGUUGCAACUACUACACCAGACAAGACUAUUGAUGUCGAUUCAGAGACAGACUCAAAUCAUGAUACCGCACUGACUUUGGCUUGUGCCGGUGGCCAUGAAGAACUCGUACAACUAUUACUGAAUCGUAAUGCAAAUAUCGAGCAUCGCGACAAGAAGGGCUUUACACCGUUAAUACUGGCCGCUACAGCCGGUCAUGAAAAAGUCGUCGAGAUACUGCUUAAGCAUGGCGCCGAAUUGGAGGCACAAUCGGAGCGCACCAAGGAUACACCACUUUCGUUGGCCUGUUCGGGUGGUCGCUACGAAGUAGUUGAACUACUGCUGAAACACAAUGCCAACAAGGAGCAUCGUAAUGUAUCCGAUUACACGCCACUUAGUUUGGCCGCCAGCGGUGGCUAUGUGAACAUCAUAAAGUUGCUAUUGAAUCAUGGCGCAGAGAUAAAUUCACGCACCGGCAGCAAAUUGGGUAUUUCACCGUUGAUGUUGGCCGCUAUGAAUGGUCAUACUGCCGCUGUUAAACUGCUCUUGGAUCAAGGCUCUGAUAUAAAUGCGCAAAUCGAGACUAAUCGCAACACAGCAUUAACGCUCGCCUGUUUCCAAGGUCGCCACGAAGUGGUGAGUUUACUAUUGGAUCGCAAGGCGAACGUUGAGCAUCGCGCCAAAACCGGACUUACACCACUAAUGGAGGCUGCUUCGGGCGGUUAUAUUGAUGUGGGACGUGUACUAUUGGAUAAGGGUGCCGAUGUGAACGCAGCACCUGUACCGACAUCACGUGACACCGCACUCACUAUUGCAGCUGAUAAGGGUCACUUGAAGUUUGUAGAGUUGCUGUUGUCACGUGGCGCCGCCGUCGAGGUGAAAAACAAAAAGGGCAAUUCACCUCUGUGGCUUGCAGCACAUGGUGGCCAUUUGAGUGUCGUCGAGAUAUUAUAUAACCAUCAUGCUGACAUCGAUUCGCAAGACAACCGUCGUGUCUCAUGUCUAAUGGCUGCUUUCCGUAAGGGGCACACCAAGGCUGUAAAAUGGAUGGUACAAUUCGUGACACAGUUCCCCUCCGAUCAGGAGAUGAGUCGCUUCAUCACCACCAUCAGCGAUAAAGAAUUGUCUGAGAAAUGCUUUGAUUGCAUGAAAUUCAUACGCUCCGCCAAGGAGGCACAGGCCGUAAAAGCCAAUCAAAAUGCUUCCAUACUACUCAAAGAAUUGGAUAAUGAGCGUACACGUGAAGAGAGUCGAAAAGCCGCUGCAGCGCGCCGUCGUGAACGUAAGAAGAAGAAGAAGUUAGAGAAGAAAGAGGAAAAACGUCGCCAAUUGGAGGGCGCCAUCGGUAGUCUAAUGUCCGUCGUAAAUGACGGCGAUGAGAAGGACUCCGAUCAAGAUGAUGACAGUGAUCGUGAGGAGAAUGCGCUCGAAGACGAUGAGGAUAAUCAAAAUGCGCAGAACUACCGCGAAGAGGGCGACUCCGGCAUCGAUCAAGGCUCAUGCUCGAGCACCGAGAUAAAAACCGUAAAUGUUGGUGGUAGCAACAACGCUCAGCAACGUGAAGCCGAUAAAAAUGGCAAGAGCAAAAAUAACAAGAAGAAGAAGAAUGCAUCACAGCGUAAUAAUAGCAAGGACAAUAGCGCACAGCAACAAAGCAAUGCUACGGCAGCAGCUGCCUCAGCUGAAGACAUACCAGCUCAAUUAAACAGAAAUGUGGGCAAACAGUCUGCUUCUGCCAGAAAACAACCAGAGCAAGAGUCAAUGCCGGCAAAAAGCAAUGGCGCCGUUACAAAAAAGUCCGGCGCACAAGCAGCCGAUGCAACCACAGGUACACAUACUAGCGCAGCAAAGUCAACCAGCUCCACUGGAGCCACCAAAAAAGUCGAAAGUCAGCAGCUCGCUGCUCGAAAGGAUGAUGGAAGCAAGAAACGCGACAGCAACAAACAACGUGAAAAGGAGAACCUUGCACCGAAGGAGAGCCAACUAGCCAGUGCCACUGCGCGUCAAUCACAGCGUGAACAAAAUGCACAGUACCACAGCAGCCAUACAUCUUUGGAGAAGUCUAGAGGAGACAAUUACGUCGCGCAUGCAGCAAGUGGUGGUAGCACUGCCAGCACUGCUGCGAGCAGCAACAGCAACGCAAACACGCGAAAGUCACUAAUUUUCUCAGCUUCACGUAGCAUGACCGCUGGUCAUGCUGUUGGCGGAGAUGACAUCAAAGCUGUCAAGCAUGAAGAUCACUUAGCCACCGGCAGUGUCACGCAGCACAAGUCUACACCACCCAAGCGUGGCGAGGAUGGCUGGAAGGAGGUGGUGCGUAAAAGCUCCACCCAACAAAGCAGCACAACUUCAUCCACGUCUAGCGCUUCGACCAGUGCUUCGGCCACGUCGGCUAGCAUCGCCACCGCCGCUGCAAGUGGUAACGCCAGUGGCGCAAAUGGAGGUGCCACAGCAAUCGUUCCUACAACUGCCACCGAAAUGACAUGUAAGAAGGUGCAAGUACCUGUGAAUGCGAUUUCGCGUGUCAUUGGCCGUGCCGGCAGCAACAUCAACGCAAUACGCGCAACCACCGGCGCUCACAUCGAAGUAGAGAAACAGGGCAAAAAUCAGUCAGAACGCAGCAUUACCAUUAAAGGACAAACCGACGCCACGAAACAGGCACACAUGCUUAUAUUGGCACUCAUCAAGGAUCCCGAAGUCGACAUACAGCAGAUGUUGCCGCGCAUCAACACCAGCAUAAAGGCUGCAUCGUUGCCCAUCAGUGUAGGCACUUGGGACAACAAGGCAACAGCAUCGGCCGGACAGUCGUCUGCUGCUUCCACAGCUUCCUCCACACCGUCAUCGGCAUCGGUGUCUACAACACACACAACCAAUGCCGUCGGUAAUGCUGGUUCGCUGUCCGCCAACAGCAACGGUUCUGGAGUUGGUGGUAAUAGCGUCGCCGUUUCUAAGGGCACCGCAGCUGGCAGUUCAAAGACUGGUAAACCGCAGCCUAGUGGCAGCAGUGCCAAGUCCAACUCUGUGCGCCCGCAUGCUAUCAAAAUCCUACUACCGCAACCGGGUAAUCGUGGCAACCAGUCACAGUCCACAGUCCUUUCGUCACAGAAAUUGAAAUCUCAAGAUGCAGCUAACAAGUCUACGGGUUCCUCUCAUAACAAUAACGGUAGCAGUGUUAUGCAUGCACAGAAGAGUAACAUCUCCGGCAAGCCACAACAUUCGAGUAAUGGCGAGAGAGUCAGCAAUACCAUUGUCAAUACACAGACAUUUGCUGCUAAAUUGGGCGGAAGUACUGCGUCUGCGCACACUUCUCAUAACUCGCCAUCGAAGAAAGUCGGCGACGGCCUUAGCACUGGACGUAUUGGGGCAACUGCACCUUAUGGUCGCGGUAAGCCUGUACCCAGUAGUGCUGCUGCAGUACCUCAGCUUGGCGGUAGCAACAAUCAAAACAACAACAGCGUCAAUAACGCGCUGUCUGGUCCCAUUGGAGUUUUUAAUCCAGCCGAAGUGGCUGCUGUCAAUGCUGCGGCUGCUGCAGCUGCCGCCGCCGCUGCCUCAGCUUCUACAGUAUCAAGCGCACAUUCUGCAACAACAACAUCAACAGCAACACUCACCUCAGGCUCAACAACUGCAACAACUACAUCGAGCACAGCUGCAGCAUUUGCCGCUGCUCCUGGCACACGUGCUGUCACACCAAUCGGGCCGCCGAAUAAGCGUAACCAGGGCUCGCCAGUAACUGCGACUACGGCUUUAUCGGCCCAACAGCAACAGCAAGUCUCACAAAUGCAGCAGGCCCAAUUACAACAGAAUGCCGGAUCUCCGGGUUCGGUUGCCGCGGCACAACCACCACUGGGUACUGCUACCGAUCUUCAGCAGCAACAACAACUUGUCAUUAAUUGUGCUGAACCGACAGCCACUGGCAAUCCCAACGGACUUAACAAUGCAACAACAGCUGGCAGCUUCGGCUCACAGCUCGCUUCAAAAAUCAGCAAUGAAUACACACUAUUCUUCAAUUAUCCAUCGCAGUGGGGCGAUAAUGUGCAAAUGUACAAUUCACCAUCGUCAUUCGUUAGUGAUUCGCUACCCAAAGCAGAUGCAUCGAAGGCGCCAGGUUAUAAUCGCAAUAUUCUUAAUUCGCCCGUAGGUGGAAGCUCUAAGGCAUCAUCGAACCACUCUGCCUCACCACCCAGCAGCAAUAUGAUGUCUGCACCGAUCGGUCAAGCACCAGUGGGCAGUGUUGGCAACAAUAUGCCACAAACGAAUAACACCAUUAUUGCUACCAGUAUGCCUGGUGGUGGCACUUCUACCGCAAGCUCUUCACCCGGCAUGAAUACAGUGUCUUCGGUGGCAACCAGUAGUGACAACACCACGAUUACAACAACCAAUAUUGGCGAACGGGUCGAUAUGGGUGUCAGUUUGGCCGGUGGUAAUGGCACUGCCGCGACCGCAGCUAAAGAAAUGCAGCUAUCUACCACAAACAGUGGAGCAAACGGCAGCGAGACGCACAUGUCUCCAGGUGUUAUUAAGCCACCGGCACCGAUUGGCCAGCCACCGACAGUAAACACCUCAAUGAGCUCAAAUAGCAAUACUUCAUCGAAUAUACCCGCCAGUGGUUUGGCUAUACAACGUCCACCACCAAACAACAACCAGCAACAGCGGGCCGGUGUAGUGAACGCUUCGAAUACGCCACCUUCCUCGAAUGUCGGCACACUCGAGGGUAGUGCUGUUAGUACACAACCACCCACAAUGAAUUUCGGUCCCAUCGGCCCCAACCACUCGACACGUAACAACAACAAUGGACCACCCGGUGCCAUUGGCGAACCGCCAUUGAAUCGUUUCUUCGAACCGAUGAACGUCGGUGGCAAUGCAGGCAUGCCGCAUCACGUGAAAAUGCCACCACCUUACGGCAUGCAAAUGCAUGGAAAUAUGGGUGGCGCCGGAGGCAAUGCCAAUCACCCACUAUCACGACUUAAUAUGCGCAACUCGACAUACGGUGCACCCGGUGGCGGUGCCGGCAAUAUGGGCUCGAUGCCACCAGCGCCAAUUGGACAACCACCACAACAACAACCGUUAUUGGGUGGUGGUAUAUUUCACCAACAACAUCAACCACCACCACCACCACCGACAAAUCCGAAUUUCCCAACAGGCAAAUCAAUGGCACCCGGUGCUAAUUUAGCGCCCGGUGCACGUGCACAAUCACAACCACAAAAUGGUCCACAGGCGCCGAAUGCUGGCGCACAGCGUUGGUAUGGCGGUUAUAUGGAUGUGUUGAAUUUGGAAAAUGGUGGUCUGGGUGGGGCUGGCAAUAAUUCACCGGCAGCUAUGUCGCCCAAUCAAGCCGCCGCAGUUAGUGGCAAUCUACUACAACAUGUCGCACAGCAGCAACAGCAAGAGGAUAUGCGCAAAAUGCCACGCCCAAUCGGCACUGAACGUGCCUCCUGGAAAUGCAGCAACUACCCAAUGAAUAUGAGCGGCGGCGGUGGCAUGCCGGGCCCUGGCAUGGACGAUGGUAUGGGCGGUUCUGGUAUGCCCGCAGGCGUUCCUGGUCUUAUGCACGGCCCUUGGAUGAUGGACAAGCCACAACAAGCGGCACCGCCACAGCAAGCGCAACAACAUUCGAACUGGAUGAAGCAACAAUAUCGCUUUUAUGGUGGCGCUGCUGCUGGUACUGCUUUGGGUGGCAUGGGUGGACCGACAGGUGGCCCAGGCGACUAUCACCAUCAAGAUCAAUUUCACAUGCCUCUAGAUUAUCACAACUCGAUGGCACCACACAGCAUGCAGCAGAAUACCGCGAUGAACCUAAUGCCACCCUACGGUUAUGGUCCGUAUAUGGGUCAAGGCGCAGACAUGGCACACGUGAUGUCGGACAAGUUGGAAAUGUGGGACCACGACAAGCAGAUGUGGCAAAAUUGGUCCAAUUGAUGCUUUAGUGCACAACUAAAGCAACAACAAUCCUCACACUACCAUCACCAACAACUACAACAGCAACAACAACAGCAGCAGCAGCAGCAAAAGCAAAAGCAGGAAGGUGUGAAAUUAUCCACAAAGAAUUUGAAAUGAAUAUUGGGCGGUGGAGUGCGGUUACAAGAAGAAGGAGGGAGCGGGCGUAAUAUAAGCGGCAGUUCAUAUACUACAAAAAUGUCUACUAUUACAACAUAUACACACAUAAAUACACACACAUAUAUACACGCACUCAAAAAUACCCUUAUAUAUAUACAUACAUACUUAGCUACCCUACGCGUAUAUACGUAUAUAUCUUUGGAUUAAGCUGAAAAGAAGUGAAUGAAUAUAAAUAUAAAAAUUAUAAAUGAGAAAAACAAUUACAAAACAUAAUGAUUAUUAUAACAACAACAACAACAAAAAAGAAAGAAAAUGGAAAAUGAAAAUGAAAAUGAAAAAAAAACUGAAACCAACAAUUAAGGAGAAGGAAUUUAAUUAUAUCUAACAACAAGAAUAAGCCGAUACACUACACCAUACGAUUGAUUGAAUUAUUUUCUUUUAUCGCUCAUUUGUGCUCCUGUACACGCGAGCCUAUGAAAGUGAAGCAUAUACGAAAACAAACGAAACUUGAACAACAACAACAACAA